UAGAAACAUCUUAACCUGUAGUUUCGUUUCAGAAUCUAACUAUUCGCUACCUGUUAAGUUCUGAAAACACAAACACACGUGUGUCGGGAUGUUUUAAAUCUUCGUGUUUCCUGUUGACCUGUUUGGUUGAUCAUUCAACAUGAGUGAAAAAAGGGGAAAGAAGCGUCCGAAGUCCUACUACCGGAAGUCAUGUCACCAAAAGCGCCAGAGAUUAAAUAACCUGGCUGCUGGCAUGAGGGGAUUCCUGAUCACAUGUAACAACAAUGAGAAGCAGGCAGUCAGAGAGUGCUACAACAUCCUCAAUGAAUAUGCUGAUGAGAUGUAUGGCCCUGAAAAGUUAACAGGGAAAGAUGGAGAUUCGGACAAGUCUGACACUGAGGAAGAGGAGGAUGUGGAGAAGGCCAUGGCUCGAGAGCUGAAGGCCAUCAAGGAAGUUCAGCAGAGUGUGGAGAGGCGGUUUCAGAACACGGACACGCACGCCAAAAACUGCAUCUUUAUCCGGACAUCGCUAGACAACCCCACAGAACUGCAUCACAAGAUAUUCUCAGACCUCUAUGAGAAAAAAGUGACCAAGGCCAGAUAUGCCAUGCGGAUGUUGCCUAUUGCUGGGACAUGUAAAGCGGUGCUUGAUGAAGUGAAGAAGCUAGCAGACAACAUCCUGCCUCCUUAUUUCCCAUCAGAGAAGGGCCAGGAGAGAUCCUAUGCUGUGAUGUUUAAAGUGAGGAAUAAUAAUGGCAUUGGUCGGGAUAGUGUGUUACCCUUGUUGGGUGAAGUCGUCAAAAGUUUGAAUCCUUUGAACAGAGUGAACUGUGACAGUCCUGAUGUUGCUGUUUUAGUGGAGAUCAUCUCUAAUGUCUGUUGUUUAGGAGUCUCCACAGAUUUCUUUAAGUUCAGAAAAUGUAAUUUCCAUGAGGUUGUUAAGGAACUAACUGUUAAAAAAGGAAAGGAUAUUAAAUCGGAGGAGAAAGCUGAAUUAUCUGGUGGGGAGAAUGGAUCAGAAACAAAAGCUGAUGAACAGAAAGACACGGCUGAGGAAAGUGACCAGAAACCUGUCAAAGAAGAAGUGGCACCCAUUGAGGCAAAAGUGAAGUUAGAGGUUGAAACAGAUGAUGGGACAGUGACAAAGGAUGGGGAUUCUGGAGGGGUAGGCGUGGAGAAGGAUGAACAGCAGUCACAUUCAGCCACUGUGAAGGAGGAAGGUGAACAAGAAAAAUGUGUGACAAAGGAUGAGGGAUGAAUACCUAGAAGAUUGAUGCUAAAAAUGAGUUUAAGGGAUAUGGGGAGGGAAUUGGGACAAUGUUGGAAUCAUAAACAUCACGUCAAUAAGUAAUGGUAAAACAGUAAUAUUGAGGCAUCAGAAUAUUUCUGUGAAUGUGAAGGUGAGAUAGAUCUCUUCAAUAGGUCAUGGUGACCUAUUUCUGCGAGGUUAUGGUAGUACUGGUGUAUUUUAACACUUGGUUAUUGAACAGAGAUGUUUUACCAACCAUUUUUGCUACUUAUUUUACAAGAUGCACAGGUAUUUAUAAAAUUUGUUUGUGGUUCGAGUGCCUCCAUGAUAUUGUUCUCUCGUCCCAUCUAACAUUGUUCCUAUGACAUUUGAUACAAAUUCAUGUGAAGAAAGAACACACUUUUGUAUGAACUAAAUAUUUUCAGAAAUAGA